GCAUUGAGUUUGGAUAGACGAGAUGGUAAAUGUGUGAGACGGAAGCUCAAGGAAUUGCAAGCCAGUGUGUAAUGAAAGCAUGUCUAGAGUGACUGUACGUAGAGUAUGGAUCAUACAGGGAUCAACGCUCUCCAAGGGUAAGGCAUCUCUAUUUGUAGAGGUCUAACUAUAGGAGUCAGAAUUACCAUGAAUCAAGUAAGAGAAAAUGGAGAGCUAAGAAUAGGAAGGUACGCGUCGUGAGUUUCCCAUUCAUACCCCGCGGUCACUUCAACCUUGAGCAGCCAAACAACCUCUGCCUCCAUCCACUCACCAUUCUUCUUCCCCUUCCAUCACCACCAUGAACGGAGUAUCAGCAAAUACAUAGGGAACUAGAAUCUCGACCGUUCGAGGCCGUUUACAUACAUUUGCCGAGAACGGGGCAUGGCCAAGCAGUUGCGACGACUGUACCUGUUCGCGGAUUCGAUUGAUAUACCACAUAUGGCUUGGAGAAUUUUGCUCGUGAAGAAAUAUAGCAGGUAAUCGAAGUACUCGAAGCCAUUGUAGAGGGAUUUCAAGACAUUUCGCCUUCUUACUUGCUUGUAAUUGCGCAACCUCAACCUCGUCCAACUUGCGAUCGCCACCCAAGAUCGAGACCACGUUCCUUAAUUGGGGACUGAGAUUUUCACUUGGGAACACUGUUCAAUCAUUUCACACUUUCAAUCAGCGCAUUUCCUCGAAUUCCUGGAAGCUGGUCGGUUUGGUGUAAACCAAGCCAGGGCGAGGGAUAGGACUCCACGAUGGCCUCAUGUUCACCUAAACAGGUCUCGGAGCCAGCUCGAGAAAGGGAAUCUCUCAAGUAUGGAGCAUCGCUGCUCAACGAUAUUACAGACUCGCCCACCGAAGGCGCGCCCCCUGGCCAGCCUUCAGCCAACGGGACUGUGCCCAGCGACGAGAUAAAACGACAAGAAACUCCGAGAGACACUGUGCUUGCAUCUCUUGCGCAACUAGGACUCUGGAAAACAGGCACUGUCCGCGCCUUGAUAUCCCUGUUCGAUCGUAACCACCAAUAUAUUGUCGCCGAGACUACACAGCGAUCAUCUCUUGCCAAAAGCCCUAUCCGGCCCAAAGACAGAAAUGGAGACUUCUGGCUAUAUCCAGGGACAUUUCCACGGCAGCUCUCGGUUUGCGGCCGGGCCCUUAUGGCACAAAGCCAUGACCCUUCUUCCUCUGAUGAGGAACUGCCCCUCACUCUGAUACCAGAUCUUAAAGCUGAUGCUAGACUCUGCAGUAUACCGCAUCCUCUAUCAGAAUUUGCUGCUCGAUUUUAUGCGGCUGUCCCUGUGCGAUCACCUGCUGGCGUUGACAUUGGUGUUUAUUGCGUGAUAGACUCCGAACCGAGAGAAGCCGAGAGUUGGACCACCAAUGACACUGAGGUCCUACGAGAAAUCUCCUCUAAUAUUAUGGACUACCUUCGAUCCAAGAGUGUGGGAGAUGCUUAUAGAAGAAGCGUUCGUAUGACAAGGGGAAUUGGUUCGUUUGUUGAGAAGGAGUCGUCUAUGGCGGGUUGGAGAGCUCGAACGAAUUCUCCAGCCUUUCACGAUGAUGCGGCACGGGAAGGCAAUCUCAAUUCUGAACAGCAGGCCCUACAGCAGUUCAGAGACAUUGGCCUUCAGAAAAACUUGCCGGUUCACGUACCAGUGCAACCCAAUACGACAGGAGAAACCACCACUAUCAGCUCUGGGGGCUCCGGGGAGGCGAAUAUGACCAGUACUUCAUCAAAAAGUAUGUCUGUUCGAGAAUCCGAUGCUAAUGCCAAAGAGAAGGUAAUUGCCAAGAUAUUUUCUCGGGCAGCCAACCUCAUACGAGAAGGAAUAGAGAUUGAAGGCGUCGUCUUCCUGGACGCUAAUUUCGAGACGUCUGCUACCGAUUCAAUGCUUCAUGAGGGCCAGUCUUCGACCGAGUCAUCAUCGAGUAGCGAUGAGUCCAGUGAUAGGAUCGAGCAGGGAAAGUCUUGUGGAAUUUUGGGGUUCGCUACUUCGACUUCAUCAAGCAUCAACUUGGAUGCAGGUUCCGACAUCCACACAACCAUGCCAAUGAAGUUGCUAGCAGCACUCUUGCGGCGGUAUCCUGCUGGUAAAAUCUUUAAUUUCGAUGAGGAUGGUAGUCUCUUAUCGAGUGGUUCGUCUGAGGCCGACCUUUGUACACCAAUGCCGAAGGAAGAAUAUUUUGGUGAAGGGUCAACUGCGAAGAUGUCUGGUAAAAGUCAGCGUCCUUGGUCACGAUCUUUAGAAGGACCGUCAGUUUCCAAGACUUUCCCUGGUGCUCGAAGCGUGGCUUUUGUGCCUGUUUGGGAUCCCAAAAGAGACCGUUGGCUGGCGGGAGGUUUCGCAUAUACUCGGACACCCACGCGGACAUUUACUAUUGAGGGUGAGUUGAGUUACCUGCGAGGGUUUGGCAUGCUGGCCAUGUCGGAAGCCCAAAGACUCGAGGCCAUGCUUGUGAACAAGGCACAAUCCGAUGUGCUUGGCUCCUUAUCUCACGAACUGCGCACUCCUCUUCACGGAGUCAUGCUCUCAGCCGAGUUGCUGUCCGAUACUCAGCUGGAUGUUUUCCAGGGAAACCUACUACGAACACUUGAGACAUGUGGCCGAACACUAUCCGAGACCAUUGAUCAUCUUUUAUAUUUCUCAAAAGUCAAUCAAGCUGCAGCUCAUCGAAAGAAGGAGCGCCGAGCCCGAAAACGAUCCAUUGUCUCAGACCCUGCCACGACAGUUCCUGCGAGUGUUUCGACCUCCGAGGUUAGGCUGGACGCCCUAAUUGAGGAGGUCAUGGACAGUGUUUUCGCCGGCCAUGUAUUCAAGGGCAAUGAAGCCCACAAAGCUUGGCAAACCGCUAAUCCAAGCAAGCGCGUGAACAUGGAGGAUGAGAAUGAUCUGACAGGCGGCCAGUCUGAAGAUCCCGUAAAGUACGAAGUGCCGCUUGGACACGACAGCCAGGUGGCCAUCUUUCUUGACAUUGACCCCUACGUGCCGUAUCGCUUCCACGUUGCCGCAGGAGCACUCCGCCGUGUUGUGAUGAACCUCUUUGGAAAUGCACUCAAGUAUACACACAAGGGCACAAUCACGGUUUCCCUAUCUCAAAAACCCUUAUCCUCGAAUAACCCAAGUGGUCACAGACGCUUGGUUCGCAUCUCGGUCACAGACACUGGCCAAGGAAUAUCUCCAGACUUUCUUCGAAACGAUCUCUUCAAACCGUUCUCCCAGGAAAACCAUCUUUCACACGGCACAGGGUUAGGUUUAAGUCUGGUCAAGAAGAUCGUGGCAUCAAUGGGCGGCAAAAUAUCGAUCGAGAGUGAAGUCAACGUCGGGACUACAGCAACCAUAACAUUGCCCUUAUCACGAUCCAAAGACUCAGACAGUUCAAAUCCGGGGCAAGAGAAGAAUGAAGUUGAUGAAGAGACUAAGCGUCUAAAAGGACUGCGUCUGCGAUUGGUUGGUUUCCCUUCUGAGGAGGAAAUCAAGUCGAGAACGGGUCGGGGCAUUCCCAUGUCUGCCAUGAAAGUAAUGUGCCACCGCUGGUUGGAGAUGGAUGUCAUCAACGAAGCUACAUGUCAGGGCGUGGCUCCGGACCUUGUUCUAUGCAAUGAGAUAGCGAUUGAGGACCCGGUGCUAAGUAGCGAAGAGCUGGUUAGGUGUCCCGUGGUUGUGGUGUGCGCCAAUGCCAUUACGGCACAUAAGCGAUCUUCCGAGAGCAAAGUAUCUGAGGACCAGCGAGUUUAUGAAUUCGUUUCUCAACCCAUUGGCCCACACAAACUUGCUCGAAUUCUUCAUAUAGCAUUAUGUCGGUGGGGAGACUUACAAGCGUUAUCGCCGGCUGCGCCAGUAGUUGAAGAUGAAGAGCAUUUGGAUUAUGCAUCCGAUGAUGCCAAAAGAUUCUCGACUGGAAGCAAUACAGAAGGAGAGGCCCCUGAUAAUAAAUCGACGCCAGGUCCAGGAGCGGCGUCACUAAAACGCCCUAGUCCCCCAUCACGAGUUCCGUCCAAACGCCCUUCCCAAGCGACGCACCAACAGGGGUCAACUGCGGCGAGCGAGCCCAAGAGUUUCCUCCUUGUCGAUGAUAACCCCAUCAACCUCUCGGUGCUGUGUGCCUACAUGAAGAAGCUUAAGAGCAAGUACAUCACGGCAGCAGACGGACUCGAAGCUGUGGAACGGUUCCAGGAGAGCCCAGAUGAAUUUAGUUGCAUCUUGAUGGAUAUCAGCAUGCCACGAAUGGACGGUAUUGAGGCCACAAAAGAGAUACGGGCCUUCGAGAACAAAGAAGGUCGGGAACCCGUUAUAAUUCUUGCCUUGACGGGCUUGGCAUCAGCGAGUGCCCAGCAAGAUGCUUAUGCCUGUGGCGUUGAUGUGUUUCUCUCUAAGCCUGUUAAGCUCAAGGAGCUGAGCAGUAUAUUGAGGGAGAGGAGUUUGGCGUAGAUAGCAAGUUGACUAUCGAACAAGGAAACAGAGGGCAAGAAAUGCACGAUGUGAACGAAGCAUACGACAUAGAUAGACGGUCAUUAUUCGUUAGGCGUUUCAUCGUGGGAUUAAGCGCUGGGUGCAACCUGUCAAGGGUGGAAUAGAUUAAUAGAAGACAAGAAGCUACACGUACAAGUAUGUAUAUGUUAACACAUCCGAGCGACUACCUGGUUACGAGCUCUCUUCAUAAAUGGACUG